AUGGUUGAGGGUGAAUCAAGCAAUGCAAGAGAGACAAGGCUUAAGAUGCAAGCCGAUUUGAAGAGGAUGGAUCAGAGGAUGGAAGAAAUAGGAGUGAACCUUGUUCAAGAGGAGGGAAAUGGUUCUCCAAAUGAAGAAGGAAGUGAUGAGACUGAGAGUGAAGAGGAAGGAGAAGAGGUGAACCAAUUGGUUGAUGAAGAUGAUCAAGAGGGGAACCAAGAUGAGCCAAUGGAAGAGGCUGAGGCAGAGCAAGAGGAGGAUGAAGCUCCCCAUGUACCAAGAGCACUACAAUGCUCUCUUCUCCAUGGACUUUGUGAGACCAAGUACCCACAUGAUGACACAAUGAAGGCCCUUGGAAUCUUUGAGGAUGUGGAGUUGGUCUCAAGAACAUGCAAUUGGAAGUUCUUCUCUCACCGCAUGGAAGUCUACAAGGAGCUCACUUCUAAGGGAGAGAAGAAGAUGGUGACCUUUAGGCAGCUUGGAGAUCUUGUUUGGGUUCACUAUGGAGAAGGUAACCUAUGGAACAUCAAGGAAGAAGAACUCCAAAGGGUUGGGCUACAAUCGCUGAGGGGUACUCUUCCUCAAGGUCCAAGGCUGCCAGAUCAGAGCCCAGUGCUUAGAUAUGUGCACAAGGCUCUUGCCAACACCUUCUUUGCAAGGAAAGCACGGGACAAUCAAUGA